AUGCUUCCAGUACGGUCUUGGUCUGCAGCUCCCCUGCUCCUGAGCAGCUUGCAUGUCUUGGGGGUGGAUGCCAUUGAACCUGUCACCGCGGUGGGAUCCAAGUUCUUUCACGAAGACGGGACCCAAUACUUUCUGAAAGGCAUCGCCUACCAACUCAUCCCCGACGAUCCUCUCAUCGACACGGAUCAAUGCACGCGAGACAUCGCGCGCAUGGCCGAAUUGGGCACCAACGCUAUCCGAGUCUAUCAUGUGGAUCCCGACGCCGACCACGACGGCUGCAUGACCGCGCUUGCAGAUGCAGGUAUCUACCUGUUCGUUGACCUGGACACAUUCGAUACUGCUAUCCGAACUGACGACCCACAAUGGACCCGGGAGCAGUUCGACCGCUACACGGCCGUGCUGGAUGAAUUCCAGCAGUACAAUAACACUGCCGGCGUCUUUGUUGGCAACGAAGUCAUCACCGCACCGGACAACUCGGCUGCCGCGCCCUACGUGCUAGCCGCGGCGCGCGAUAUCAAAUCCUACCGCAAUGAAAAGGACUACCGCCAGAUUCCCGUGGGCUAUGCCGCGGCCGAUAUCGCUGAGCUACGUCCCAUGGUGCAGAACUACAUGGCCUGUCGUCCCGACGCCGCCGAGCGCCUGGACUUCUUCUCCCUGAACGCCUACGAGUGGUGCGGCGACACCACCUACGAGGAAUCCGGCUACGAAAACCUGCAGAACCAGGCGGCCGACUACCCCAUCCCCAUCUUCUUCUCCGAGACCGGCUGCAACGUCGCCCGCCCGCGCACCUUUGGCGACCAGCACGCCAUCUUCAACGAACCCAUGUCCAACACCUGGUCCGGCUCGAUCGUCUACGAAUGGAUCCAGGAGACAAACGACUACGGCCUCAUCGACUACGGCGAGCCCGUCGAUCCCGCCGCCACUGCCGGUCCUGAGAACCGCAUCGCCCAGGACGGCUUCAUCCGCGAAGGCUCUCCCAACCCCAUCGCGCCGGAUUUCGACAACCUCAAAUCUCAAUGGGCCACGCUGCACCCUACCGGCGUCGCCCUCCGCGACUACAUCCAAUCCACCGCCACCAUCGCCCCCGCCGAAUGUCCCGCCUCCACGGCCGGGGGCUGGGCCGUCGACCCUAACGCCCCGCUCCCUACCCUCCAGGAGACCUUCCACACCGCGGUGCCGACCAUCCCGUCCGGUACGAGAUCGGCCCCGUCGCGAUCCGGCUCCGUCACCAUCUCUUCCGGUGUAGGCUCUUCUCCGACAGCUGCGCGGUCGUCGUCCGCCUCCCCCCUCUCUGCUACCUCAUACAACUACACGCUUAGUAACGCUGGCAGCGCCAUCCCUGUGCCUGGGGCUCAGGGCUUCAGGUUAAGUCGGCUUGCGGAUGGCUUCGCCUUGCUGAGUGCGUUGAUCGGGGGUCUGGCAGUUUGGUUGUGA